AAUAGACACUCGAAACUAUGGCAGAAGUAGCUCCAGCUCCCGCCGCCGCUCCGGCCAAAGCCGCCAAGAAGAAGGCCGUGAAAAAGGCCAAAACCGGACCCAGCGUCCGCGACCUCAUCACCAAGACCGUGGCCGCUUCCAAGGAGCGGAACGGCGUGUCUCUGGCGGCUCUGAAGAAGGCUCUGGCCGCAGCUGGAUACGAUGUGGAGAAGAACAAGGGCCGCAUCAAGGUGGCCGUCAAAAGCAUGGUGGCCAGUGGGGUCCUGACCCAGACCAAGGGGACCGGGGCUUCAGGCUCGUUCAAGAUGAGCAAGAAGGCAGAAGCCAAGCCCAAGAAGAAGGCUGUGAAGAAAGCAGCUCCCAAAGCCAAGAAGGCAGCGGCCAAGAAACCUGCAACCCCCAAGAGGCCGAAGAAGCCAGCAGCAGCAAAGAAGGCCCCGAAGAAGUCCCCGAAGAAGGCGGCCAAGAAGGCCCCGGCGGCCAAGAAAGCAGCAGCAAAGAGCCCCAAGAAGGCCCCCAAGAAGGUGACCAAGAAGCCUGCGGCCAAGAAAGCCCCUGCAAAGAAGGCAGCGGCCAAGCCCAAAGCAAAGAAGGCAGCAGCCAAGAAGAAGUGAGCUGACCUCAGCCUGUCACCUCCAGAACCUGAUCAAAGGCUCUUUUAAGAGCCACCCACAAAUACACUGAAGACUCAACUCCUCAACUGCAAU